UCUCUCUCUCGUUUUCUUUUACUCCUCCGUUAGCUCAGUCUGCCUGGACAACUUGAGUCUAUUGGAGUAAGUGUGAGAGCGAGGAUGAUGAUGAUGGAUGCAGUACCGUGUCGUCUCUUGUUUUUAGCCCUGUUGUUUGGAGCCAGGAUCCAACACACAGAAGCCUUACAAUGCUACUGUCACCGAUGCCCAAACCACACCUGUGCCACAGACGGUCUGUGCUACGUUUCCAUCACAAAAUCAGGCAGCGUCACCACGCAACAGAGUUUUUGCAUAAGUGAGAUUGAGCUGAUACCACGUGACCGGCCCUUCGUCUGUGCACCCUCCACCAAGGACAACACAGGGAUUUACCCCAUGUGCUGUGACACGGACUGGUGCAACAAGAACCCUGACCUCACAACAUUCCCAGUGCCAACACAAAAGCCUCCAGCAUUGGGACCCGUGGCUUUUGCUGCCCUAAUCGCAGGUCCCGUGUGUGUGGUUUGCUUCAUGAUGGUCACCAUUUUCUACAUCUGCCAUAGCCGUUCGGUCAUCCACCACCGUGUGCCUAACGAGGAAGAUCCCUCCAUGGACCACCCCUUCAUUACCGUGGGAACCACACUUAAAGACCUCAUAUAUGACAUGACCACAUCGGGUUCAGGCUCUGGUCUUCCUCUACUGGUGCAGAGGACCAUAGCCAGAACCAUCAUCCUGCAAGAGAGCAUCGGCAAGGGCCGCUUUGGAGAGGUGUGGCGGGGGAAGUGGAGAGGAGAGGAGGUGGCAGUAAAGAUAUUCUCCUCCAGAGAAGAGCGGUCCUGGUUUCGGGAGGCAGAGAUCUACCAGACUGUGAUGCUCCGGCAUGAGAAUAUCCUCGGCUUCAUCGCCGCUGACAACAAAGACAAUGGGACGUGGACCCAGCUGUGGCUUGUAUCAGACUACCAUGAACAUGGCUCCCUUUUUGACUACCUAAAUCGGUACACAGUUACAGUGGAGGGCAUGAUCAAACUGUCUUUGUCCACUGCCAGUGGCCUGGCUCACCUGCACAUGGAGAUUGUCGGAACACAAGGCAAGCCAGCUAUCGCACACAGGGAUCUGAAAUCGAAGAAUAUUCUUGUCAAGAAGAACGGCACAUGCUGUAUUGCUGACUUAGGCUUGGCUGUACGCCACGACUCGGCCACCGAUACCAUCGAUAUUGCACCUAAUCACAGAGUGGGCACGAAAAGGUAUAUGGCCCCAGAGGUGCUUGACGAUUCAAUAAAUAUGAAGCAUUUUGAGUCUUUCAAGAGGGCAGACAUCUAUGCCAUGGGUCUCGUCUUUUGGGAAAUUGCAAGCAGAUGUUCUAUCGGAGGCAUUCAUGAAGACUACCAGCUGCCGUACUAUGACUUAGUACAGUCCGACCCGUCGGUGGAGGAAAUGAGGAGAGUUGUGUGUGAACAGAAAUUACGACCCAACAUUCCAAACAGGUGGCAAAGCUGUGAGGCUCUGCGGGUGAUGGCCAAGAUCAUGCGGGAGUGCUGGUAUGCCAACGGAGCCGCUCGCCUCACCGCCCUGCGCAUUAAAAAGACCUUAUCCCAGCUCAGCCAACAAGAGGGAAUUAAAAUGUAGGCCAGCGGUCGAGGAAAGUCACUCGACUUACCGUUUUGAAAAUUCAAACUAUGAUCACUAUAGUUCUCAUUACCUUUAUCAUUGUCCUUUAUUGCAUAAUCCUCUGUCUUCAAGAGAGGACACAAGCACUUUGAAUGAAGUUUUGCAGUUGUUUUGCGUUCCUUUUGGUCUUAAUGUUGCGUGUGGACUUGCUGUGGGUCUUAGAGAACAUGAACUCUUGAUGUAAUAACUAUAUCCCACCUUUGGUAUGCACGUCCAUCUGGUCUUGUUGAUAGGCUGGCCCUGAAGAUAAUGGAAUAUCAUUUUUUAUGGGAGCACAGCACCAGACUCCACCAAUAGCAUGGCAGAUACUGAAACUAGCCUCCUGGGUGCUGGGAAAAAUCUGUCCUGCAAGGAAGGGUUUUUUAUUUUAUUUAUACAUUUAGCUUCUUCAGUGACUGGGUAGAAUUGUAGUUGUUUUGUUUUUUUUUCUCCCAUGGAGGGAUGACUUUUUGUGGUUGACUCAUUUCUUUGGGACCGUAUUAUUUGCACCUUGAUUUCCUUUUCACUUAUCACUGCAGUUCUUCAGGUCAGCGUAACGAAAAUAUUUUCGUUCUUUUCGUUUUCAUUUGUUUUUUGCAAAAACUAAACUGGACAUGACCUCAUUUAGUCUUGGCAAACAUGCUGUGACAUAUGCAAUAUAGAUAAAUCUUAUCUACUUUAUAUUUUUACUGCUCUGCAAAACAACUACAACUUCAACAACGAUGACAACCAUGCCUUCCAAGCCAGGUGUUACCAGAAAGUGACACUGCUUUGAAAAAACCCACCCUCAUGGUGUGAGCUGGCCCCUUCAGUCGCUGUCGGUCUUAAAGUAUUGAUGUUGGAGAGAUUCUCUGUAAAGUUUCUUAUGUGAUGUCUCUUAUGCACAAGGGGCCGCCACACUCAAAUUUGCUGGUGCCAUUUUUCAUUUUCUGCCUCCUCAUGAUGUUCAUUGAUGCAGCACUGAGGGAUGUAACAACAACAAUCCAGACCUCUUCUCAUUUUACAGCUUCUUUUUUCGGACAAUAUGUACUUUUUCAUGGAAUUGCUGCAUAUUGGGAAACCAAUGACUGACUCAAGUACCCUGACGGUGCUGUGAUCGGACACCCACCUUUGUUCUCUGGUUUGAUUGGUCGAAACUGGGAAACUGAUGAGGGUCUGCAGGCCAGUGCAGAUUGUUGCUGAUGCUUCAACAAAGCUUAGAGUUGCAAAACUACUAUAUCAAGGAUGGAGUAUAGCAAGGACUAAGUAACUGUCGCUUGAUGCAAAGAAAAUGAAGAGUAGCCCAGGGAUUGGACAAAAACAAUAGAAUUAUUGAAAGAAACCAAUAGCAUUACUGAAAGUUGCCCAAUGAAAACAUAUGAUUAGAAUAUUUCUUAUAGUUAAGCUUUUGUUCUCAGUGUGCAAAAAUGGUACAUUCAUUCUAAAUAUAGCAAAUGGAUAUUUACUAAGCCAUAGGUUUUCCAACAUUUUGCGGCAACUUUUUUCUAAUAGAAUGUAAACAAAAAGAGAAAAAUGAAUUCAAGGACUGCUUUAAAACUUUGAAGCAAGCCUUAAGGGACCAAUCGAACAUGUCGAGGUUGUUUGUUUUGUUGUAAAAAGUUCUGUUUGAAUCAACUAUAAUAACACAGGAGGGUCAAUACAGUAUGUAACAGAAUACAUAAAUGUAGCAAAAGAUCAAGCAGUUUAUAUGUCCAUAGAGGUGAACUGUGUUGCCACCCAAACAAGCUGGCUGUCUAGUGUUUCAAAGCUGGAUGAUAUUUGAUAGCAUUGUUUUUCAUAGCUGCGUUUAUGUAUGAAAACUGAAACGGCUCUCUGAACUUGGCUAAACCAGUUUAAGUUAUCCACUUCUGAUGAUACAGUGUUUUAAGUGUGCAUCUUGAGAUUUUAUUUACAUGCAAUCUUACAUUUCUAGACACUAUUUUUUGGAAAAACAUAACUAGUUUCUUAUACUGGCUAUACAUUCAUUGCAUUGAUCAUUAUAGUCAAGUAAGAGCCCUUUGAAAAAACUGGAAUAUUUUAAUUGGUUUGGCAGUUACUGAAGUUCAAGCGUGUUAAUUGAUGUUGCAAUAUUUUUAAUAUUUUUGGUCAAAUAUUUUGGUCUUCUGUUGUAGAUGACAUUACUGCUAUGCAUUACAAUUCUCAUUUCUGGAGCAAGUAAAGUAAACAGUAACACUUUACAAUAAGGAGGUAUUUGUUAACAUUAUUAAAUGCUUUAGUUAACAUGAAUUAACAAUGAACAAUAUUUUUAACAGCAUUUAUUCAUCUUUAUGUUAAUUUUUAAAAAUACAAUUGUUCAUUGUCAGUGUUAAUUAACUUUUUCUAUUAAUAAUGUAUUAGUAUGUUAAAAAUAAAUAUUAACCAAGAUUGAUAAGUUUGGUAAAAGUUUUUUUUGUUUUUUAAUUAUGAGUUUAUGUAAACUAAUGUAGUUAACCAAUGUUACCAAUAUGCAACCAUAUUGUAAAGUGUUAGUAAGUAUACACUAGUACUUAGUAUGGUGAAUGCAGGUAAACUUUUUUUGUUGUUGUUUUUUUUUAACAUUGAUGAUUAUUAAAAAGUUGCCCAAUUUACCUGAAUUCAACCUACCAGGUAACAUGAAUUGCCCAGAUUACUUUUGGAUAAUUGACAUAUUCAGAACAGGGUUUCUCAGUCCACUUCUUUUAAAUUAUUAUUAGUAUUAUUAUUUUUUUCAUUUGAGUGUAAAAGAACCCACUUCUCUUGUUGAACAGCAGUAAUGACCAUAUGCAGAGUGAUUCGGGUUUUAAAAUAAUCACAAUUAUGAGUUAAAGAGCUUGUUUGAGAUGGCAUUAGUUGAAAUAAUUCAUACUUGUAAAUAAAACAGUGCCAGUCAGUUGGAUAGAAAGUAUUAUUAUGGUCUGUUACUUCUUGAUAAUUGGAUGCUGUUAUGCUGUUUUGUUGGAGACUCAAUAUGAUGUUCCAUACGUACAGUGAUUGAAUGAAUGAAUGAAUGAAUUAGUGACUUCUACAUGUUGCAAAUGCAAAAUUCCUGAAUGAAGUACUUUUUAAUGUGUGGAUAGGAAAUAGUGUCUAUAAAUUUUUUUUUAAAGGUAUAUAAAUAUGUAUGUAUAACAUGUGUCAUGUACAGUUUGUUAAUGAAACUUAAAGAAAGGAAAAUGUGUAAAUUAAACCCAAUUAAAAAAAAAAAAAAACGCAAUGGACAUUGCUGCCAGAAGAGGAUAUGAGCUCAAAGGGAAACAUUAGAGAAAUUGAUAAGGUUGUUUAAGGGAAUGCGAUUGCAGUUAAGCUUUCUUCGACAAACAUUCGACAGUCUUUUCUUCUCCCGUUCAUGCACAUCUCUCAUCAAAGUCGAACACAUCCUAAUUCACCAGCAGCCUUUUGUUUUAAAUUCAAACAUGGUAACAUUUACAUCCAGGUUUCUUUAGUGACAUCCAGGUAUCCUAUUGGCCAUGAAGGUCAUGCCACACCAGCUACAACUUGACAGAAAAAAACACCAUUGCACCUCUGGUUCCACGGCUAACGUGAUUUGCCAAGUAUAAGGCGUGUUUUUAAGGCAGCAUCUUUUGUUGGUCCUGGAGCAAUGUUCCUUUUUUUUUUUUUUUUAAACUAUCCCUAAGCUCUUUAGUUCACCCCAAAAAUAAAAAUUUCCAACCCUACUGUUUUCCCUAUCCCUUACAUCUGAUUUGAUAAUAGCGAUGUUGAUCCAGGAACAGGUCCUACUUGGAAAAAUCACGUUCACUCUGGUUCCACACAAAUGGGCGAGACAGUGAGGUACUUUUCAAAUGGUUCAUUACCUUUUAGUGUAGCUCAGUUUUUCUAUACAUGUCAAACAUUUAGGAAAUGAGGUAUUUGAGAUUGACCAAUGGGAUUUUCUGUGUCCCUCUGGCAUGCACUCGCUGUCUCGCCCUUUCGCAGCCAACAUCCCUCUUGAUGUCAACAACUUUUGUGCCUCCUUCAAACUCAUUUGCAGUGCAUGGGAAAGAGUUCAUUCAUGCCAGGAGAUUUAAAUUUUUUCAGUAGCCAGGCCAGAUGUCUGUGAGGUUGCAUCGGGUACCCUUCUUUGACCCAGACUUUACUUGCAGCUUUUAAUUAAUAAUUCAAGCCUGUGAAUGAUUGAAGGCAAAUUAUGCAAACGUUUCACACUAUAAUGCACUAUGUAGUAUCAGGAGGAUUAAUUCACAGCUUUUGUGUGAUCAAGUCAACGCUAGGGGUGUAUAUAUCUAACCCAAAUGUGACUGACGUGAAUGUUACGUUUUUAAAACCUCGACGUUCCUUGUAAUGUGCCACCAAGUACAGCACAAUUCGCAUAAUUUCAAUAAAGGUAUGCCAUUUUUUUUUUAAGGUGCUGUGAAGAAACACGAGUCUUUCACUUAUUUAUGCAAAUGUAUAGGGUGACACAGUCCUCAGGCUCUCCACUAGCAUUUGCAGUAGUAUUUAUUACAGUUUGUUGAAACACCUAUGCCAAUAUCCAGACACUGUGAGAAAGACCCUUGAGGGACCGUGGACAGGCAGCACCAAAAAUCAUGCAGUUCGAAAACCAUAUGUAGGCCUGCUGUAAUUUGCUAAAAAAAUGUACGAGGAUAUGAGGGUACCUCAAUUUAGGGUAAACAUAAAGCACAAGGCAGAAGUCUGGGUCAUUUAAAGGUGACAGUUAGUUAAAGAGUUAUCCCAGGUGCAUUUCAUUUGGUCAGUUUGUGUGGCUGCUGAUAAAACAUUGUGGAAUGGAAGAGGAAAGCUUUAUCGUGUUUUAUUUGGUGCCUAAGUUUGACUAUAUGUGUUUUUUUUAUUAUUAUUAUUUCACUUAGAAUGAUGCACUGCAUGGGACUUAUUUCUAAUGUUUGCAUCACCUUAAAAAAUUAAAAAUUAAAAGAAGAAAAAAAUAAUUUCAGGAAAAGUUUUACAAAUUGUCAAAAAUACCUCCUCUGAAGACCAAUGUGUUUUUACCUCGGUGUAUAUAUUUGAUUUGUUUACUCCAAAUCAUGUUUCUUUGAAAUGCUGAAAUGACAUUUUAUGUCUGUGGUACUUGUCAAUGGCAUUGUAUUGUAUUAUUGUCCAAACAGUAUAUUCCUUCUUUAAACCUUUAUUUGGUUUUAUUGUUUAUCUCUUUUGUUCUGUAUGAAUUAUAAGUGCUUUACUGAUGUCAUUCUAUACCCUUUAAAUGCCUCAUUCUCAGCUGUAUAGAAAUGCCUUGUUUUCCAAAAAAGAAAAAGAAAAUUCUGGACAAAAUGAGAUGUGCGGGGGUUUCAGAGAGCCUGCAUUACAGAUACAGUAUAACCUGUGCCCCAUGUGAUUUCUAAAGCAUUAUGUAUUGAGUUUUUAUAGCUGUGUACAGACGUACAAAUAAACUGCAUAGGAUCAUAGCAGAGUGAAGCUGAUGUCGCUUUCUAACAUAGUGGAAUAGAGAUGGGUGUGAAUAAAAAAAAUGGUGAAACUUUUAUAAA